UGAGCAAUCAGAAUGGCAUUUUAUCUCAAAAAGAACUUAUUCUUCUUUGUAAAGAAAAAGAUGAAAAGAUAGAAUUCCUUUUGAAUGAAAAAGUGUCACUUGAGCAAAGUAUGGAAGAGCUUGAUCGGCAACAUCAGGAAGCAAUUGAUGAACUUCUGCAUUUAAAAAAUGAAGUUGUUAAAGAAAAUAGUGAACUCAAAGAAAAAGUUAAAUGUUUCUUGGAAAAGACUGAUCAUUCUAGUCAAGAUUGUUUUUUAAAUAAAAAUUUACCAAGUGUACAGACAGAUCAUAUCUUUUUUGAAUCAAACUCAAGUGAUAUUGCGAGUAUUGAAAAACAUUUAAACUUGCUAUCUCUCUUCCAUGAUCUUCGAUGUAGUUCAAAUAAAGACAGACUAAAUGACAUCUUAAAAUGGCUUGGGUGUCAAAAACAAACUUUAGAGGUUCAACAAAGCAUAGAAAGUAAGGAUUUUAUAAAUAAAAUUAAUAAAUAUAUACUUUUUUUAGAAAUGUUAUCUAUGUCUGAUGAAACACUAACUCUCAUAAUCAGUGAACUUAGCUCUGUGAUUGACUUUAUUUUAUUUCAUAAAAAUGAUUGCCAAAAAUUGCAUAUAGGGUCUGAAAUUCCUAAAUUUUGUGCAGAAAAGUCUGUUUCUGAAAAUCAAGUGUCUUAUAAAGAUAGUAGUACUCAAAAUGAAAUUAAUAUUCUGUUUACUGAUUCUUCUGUACAGUGUGAUACGUGUAGUAUUAAUUCUUCUAAAAACAAUUUUUCUAUUCAGACAGAUUAUAGUAUAUGCAAUUAUUCAGAUCAAAGAACACAAACAUAUAUCACAGAUAUUUUAAUUUCUAAAGAAUCGAAACAUUCACAGACUCAGGAAUGUGAAACAUGUGACCAAGAUACUAAUCAGUUAAUAAGUAAACUUCGCUCUGAUAUUAAUGUCUUAGAGCAAGAGAAAAUGAAACUUGAGAAUGAAAUUCUUUAUUAUAAGUCACUAUGCCAGAAAAAAUUACUGUCUGUGUUAACUCAAACAGAUGAAGACUGUAUUUCUCAUGAUAAGAUUUUAGAAUUAGAACUUGAGGCUGCAAGGAAUUUAUGUAAGGAAAAAGAAGAAAUGUGUAAUAGUCUUCAAAAGGAACAUUCAGUUAACUUAAGUGCAUUAGCAAAGCAGUUACAAGAAAAAGAAUCAUUAAUAGCAGAAAAAGAAGAAAUGUGUAAAAGUCUUCAGAAGGAAUAUGCAUUCAAUUUAAAUUCAAUAAAAGAAAAUUUACAAGAAAAAGAAUCUUUAAUUGCAGAAAAAGAAAGUAUCAUUGAAAACUUGCAAGCAGAAGUAAAAUCUUUGCAAAAAUAUGGUAGCACUUUAACAGCUGAUUUAAAUUUUUUAAAAGGAAAUUAUGUAAAGAAUAUUGAUGUGGUUGAUCAAAAAAUAAUACAAUAUUGCACAAAGUGUAGAAAUUUAAUAAACACUGAAUGUAAUGAAAAUUUAUCAUGUUCUUCAAAUGAAACACGUUUGCUUCAAGACAAGUUAAAAAUGUUAGAGUUGGAGAAAAAUAAACUUUUAUGUGUUCUAAAUGAAAAAUCACAAGAAUGUAGCAGCUUAAAAUCUGAAGUUCAUAAACUUACCAAUAUUGUAGCAUCAGAGAAACAAGCAUUGUUGAAGUUACAGCAAGAUAAUUGUGAACUGAAAGAGUGUAACAAAGAGAAGUCAGACCCAGAGUUAACAAAAGAAACAGUUCAGAAAUUAAGUAGGUUAAUAAGAGAUAAAGAUUUUGAGAUCGAAUCUUUGAAACAGAAAAAUUCUACACUUACAUCAUUUAUCCAAGAUGCUUCAGCCAUUCCUGAACAUUUACAGUCACUACUGGAAGAAAAAGAAAAUCUUUCCAAACAAAUAAAUGUGUACAAAGCUGAACGAGAAAGAAUAAUGCUAAGUUAUAAUGCUAAGGAUAAAGAAUGUCGCCAGUAUGCUGCAGAAAUAAAAAAAUUAAAUUCAUUUCUUUCUGAUGAAAGACAGAAAUAUGAUGUUUUGCAGCAAAAGCACUUCUCUGUUGCCCAACAAUAUGAAGAAAAGCAGAAAUCAUUAAUUAAUACACAGAAUGAAAUGAUUGCUCUGAAACAGAGGGUUACUGAUUUAGAAGAACAGCAAGUUGGUAUUAAAGAAAAAUAUAGUGAGCUGGUAAAUAAAAUUAAUUCUGAUAAUAUUGUUCAGCUUACAAAAGAUGAACUAGAUGAAAAAAAUAAGCAAAUUGAACAACUGACAUGUUCCAAUGAUGAAAAAGUUGUUUUAAUACAAGAAAAGGAUUGUAUGAUUCACAGUCUUUCUCAGCAAAUUAAAAUGGUUAGAUUAGAAAGUGAACAGCAAGAUAAUUUACUGAAGAACCUUCAGAAGAAAGUGUCUGAAUUAACUGAUAAGCUCAAAGAAUAUGAAGCUGUUAUUGAAAAAUUAAAGAGUGAAAAAGAAUUAAUUGAACAGAGAUUUCAAGAUAAAAAUUCAGAAUUAUCUUUGCUCAAAGAAAUGAAUGAAAGAUUGAAUAUGGCAUUGAAAGAAAAAGAGUUUUCUAUGCAGUCAAUGACUGAAAAAAUUUCUUCAUUGUCUCAAUAUAUUAAUAGUGAUAAUUCUGUUUCAAAAAGUACAGAUAUCAACCAAAUUUUAGCAGACAGUGAAUCUAUGUUUAGUAAAGCUCAAAAUUUAUAUAGAGAAAGGGAUGAAACCCUUUUGGCUUUGAAUCAGAGCAGGCAAGAGAAUCAGUCUUUACGAAAUGAGAUACAAAGAAUGAAAAGUAAUGAGAUACAUUUAAAAAAUGAAUUGGAGCGUCUUCGGUUACACCUUAUAGAGAUUGAAGAAAAUUAUACCCAUGAAGUAUUGAAAGCUGAAGAAAGAGAAAAAGAACUGAAAGAUGAAUUAGUAGAAGUCAGGCGAAGAGCUGAGAUAUCUAGUACAGCUGUUGUUGACACAAACCAACGGGCAAGUAUUCAAAUAGCAAGCCUUCAAGAACAGCUAUCUAUGAUUAUGAAUCAGCGUGAUCAGGCUCUUGCACAGGUUUCUUCUCUUGAAGAUCAAGUGCAGCAGCAUUCUACAUCAGUCAGUAAAUUACAGUUAGUGCUAGAACAGAUGCAAAGAAGUAAUGAACGGAAAAUGAAAGACGUUGAAAAGAAGUGGCAGCUUCAGCUUGACAAACAAAAAGAACUUUGUACUCAACUAGAAGAAAAAUUGCAAAUGAAACAGAUGCAACUAGAUGAAAGCUCUCGGGCUUUAGAAGCUGCUUCAAGACUUAGUGAACAGUUGGAUGCCAAAGAGGAAAUGAUUGCUCAUCUGAAAAAUGAGUUAUCAAAAACCGAAAGUAAAAUUAAAUCAACAACACAAGAAAUUGAUACUAUCAAAAGCACUACUGAAGGCAAAGUUGACAGAAUGGUUAUGAAAAGCUUAGUGCUUGGCUACUUUUCAACACCACCUGGACAGAAGUCGGAAGUUAUCCGUCUUUUAGCCAGAGUAUUAGAUUUUAAUCAGGAAGAAAUGGAAAAAGCAGGGAUUGUAGUUCAUAGGAAUGCAGGGAGACAUGAACAGAAAGGUUUAUUAUCUUCUAUAUUCAGUCGUUUACCUACCUUGAGUUCUCCUGAACCUUCAAGAAGAAUGCCAGAGAAGUCAUUUACGACUCUCUUUGUACAGUUUUUGGAAAAUGAGUCUCAACCAGUUGUACCAAUGCCCUUUCCGGCUGAAAAAAUGGCCCAAGAAGUAACUUCAAAAACACACCCGAAUAAGAAAUCACAAACUGAGCAAAAUAAGUUUUCACCUAGAAAAAAUCCUUUUUUGCUUAAUAUAGAGACUGCAUUUCCAACAUUUACUCCAGUUCCAGCUGUAGAAUAUUCACCAUCUCCAGCACCUGCCAUCUUGAAAGAAGUACUUGAGUAACUACUCUUCACUGCAACCAGUUCAGAAUGGAAUUAAAAUACUUCAGGCUACUUCAUUUCAAGUAUUAUGCAUUCCAUCCAAAUAUAACAGGGGAUAUACUCUUAACUAACCUGUAAUUUCCUUUAUAAUCUUCCAUUUAUAGUUGAAAUGUUUUGAAAUUUUCCCCCUAACGAUGGAAGAUUUUGUUAGAUAAUUUUUGUUAUAUAUUGUCCUUUGAAGAUCUUUUAUUUUACAGAUAUCUAAUGAAUUUAUAAAUGAUAAUAAGUUAUAAAUGAAGUAAGAUUCUAAAAUGCCUUUUCUGCUGUGAACAUUUUUUGUAAUUAAAUAUUAGUUUUUUAAAUAUAAAAUAUUUAAUACAUGCUAAUUUUUAAACAGAGGAUGGAAGAUAUGUGUGCCAGUUUUUUUGAAAAUUUCAUUUAAAUUACAGAAGCUCUUAAAAAGUAACAAUGUAGGUGAAGUAAUAGUAUUGUAAACUUCUUUGUGAUAUUUUCUUAUAUUAUUAUGAUAUUUCAUGAUACGAAGAUAACAGGCUAUAUUUUUUUUGUUUAUUAUUUAGAUAAAGCUUUGGUUAUCAGUCUUUCUGAAGUCUUUAGACUACUGAACUGUGACAUCCCCCCUGGCAAAACACUUACAAUUCACCAUAAACUAAAGAGCAGAGGCUGAAAUUUUUGAAAGCGUGCAAUGUAAAAAAAAAAAAAAAAAAAAAAAAAA